AUCAUGAGGAAUCAUCUCAAGACAAUCCUUCAUCAUGCUAAAAACAAUAUUCUUCACCGUCAAGGAUCAACUGCAACCCCUUCAUCAACAUCAACAAAAUUAACAGAUGUUCCCAAGGGUCACAUGGCAGUUUAUGUUGGAGAGAACCAUAAUAAUAAGCAUAGAUUUGUGGUUCCCGUCUCUUGCUUGAAGCAUCCUUCGUUUCAAGACUUGUUAAGAUAUGCAGAGGAGGAAUACCGAUUUGACUAUCCAAUGGGAGCCCUUACUAUCCCAUGUAGUGAAACUGCAUUUCUCUGUGUCACUUCUCACUUGAAUGUCAUUACCAAUUAGUAAAGGCAGUGUAGAAGU